CCACAGCCUAGUUGUGAAUCAUAUGAUUACAACAUUUAUAUAAGCCAAUUGCGGCGAAUAUUUUACAAGAGAGUGCUACACCGAAUUGGCUCUAAUGGGUUCUGGUGUGAACGGGUAGAAGUAUUGGUUUUAAAUGUGUUCGGUGCGGAUGCAUGUCAUAUUUACACGACAGCACAUGAUUCUAGGAUGCACAGAAAACGCUGUCAGGAAGAGAGGGGUUUAGAUUUGGGUGUUCGAGGAUUGCAUGAGUUUCAAGGCACGUCACGUUUUCACUGAAACACUGCGGACAUUUCGUGAAGCUGACCACUGAGGCGCUUUGAAGUUUAAUAGGCUACUGUUUUUCGAAGCGGCAGAUUUUUAUGUGGCUCUUUGGCCGGUAGACGUUGCAAGAAACUAAACUGAUUCAUUGAGAAGUUCACAACAAAGACACAAUCUGAAGACAGAAGAUAGAUGAAUACUAAGCAUGUUUGUUUCAGUUUGAGAGAGCUGGAAGAGUUGAAUCAAGAGUUAGAGCUGUGUUGGGGUGUAGGCCAAGGUAGUAAUUGCUGUCGAAAGCCCCAGUUCAUUUGAUAGCUACUAGUGGUGGGCUAUUUUGGAACCGCUUCAUAGUGGGCCUCCGGUUACGCGUUCCAGUUGGUACGCGCCCCGGUCGGUGCUCGUAUCGCUUUGAUAGCUAGAGGUACUAAUCAGUUCCAAGGAUUUGUAUGAUGCGCCGCAAAAAAUCACCUUUGUGAAUGUAUCGGCUUUGCAUUGUGGAGUUCACUUUUUACAAGGUUUUUAUUCUGAGAACAACAGGGAUAUUUCUCUCGUAGAAUUCAAACUACUUCUUUGGAUUGUUGAAGAAUCGGUUUUCGUAAUCUCUGGCGUAUUCCAGAUUUGUAGUCUGCAUUCAGAUCAUCCAAUUUUCUCUCACGUCAACCCGAGAAUCAUCGCGUACAGUACCUAUUUCAGUGAAGAAACAUGGUAUUACUAAUCAGACUGGCUGGUCAAGACAGUAUGGACUCCCGAACAAGCACGUCGAGCUCGGAAGCUAGGACUAGUACGAGCAGCUGGCCUGUUAGCCGCGGAUCCCACAGAUGUUUGACAGUUCUACAUGGUCAGGAUAUGCAUGUCGUCGCGCUCGCCCUGUCAGAAGAGUUUCUCUACGCAGGCUCCAACAAAGGUGACAUUCGAGUAAGGGAUCACUCCAACAUGGAAGAGGCACCAAGAUUCGGACGUGGCAAAGCGGCGGUGAAAUGCUUAGUUGUUUACGAUGACGAAGUCAUCAGUGCGCAUCACGACCACAAAAUUAGAGUGUGGCGUCGUUCGAAGAACGAUCCCAAACAGCAUAAGUUGGCUACCACGUUACCAUCCGUUAAAGACUACAUGAUGAACUUCUUGCCCCCGAAGAACUACGUCCAGGUUCGGCGGCAUCACAAGGCUCUUUGGAUUAACCAUUACGAUAGCAUUACAUCCCUUGUAGUUGGCAAUGGCGUGCUGUACUCUAGUUCCUGGGACAGAUCGGUGAAGGUAUGGCGCCUAAAAGAUUGGAAGUGCCUAGAGUCGCUCAAUGAACACAUUGACGCGGUAAACGCGCUUGCGAUAGAUAGGCAAAACAACCUUCUCUACAGCGGCUCCACUGACACCACCAUUAAAGUGUUUCAGAAACAGGGAAUAGAAAGCAGCGGCAAGCAAUGUCAACACAUACUACUCGCUACCUUACAAGCUAAGUCACCCGUGAACACUCUUGCACUGAGUCCAGACGGAAAAGUUCUCUACUCAGGCCACAGCGACCAGACAGUGACUGUGUGGAAGAUCAAAGAGGUGAACGGCAUCAAACAGUACAACGCGGUUGGCGCAUUGCCAGGCCACAGGAUGUCCGUUCUGUGUCUGUGCACAUUGUCGAAUCUGGUCAUCAGCGGCUCAUCGGACAAGACCAUAAGGGUAUGGAGAAGAAACGACGACGGCCUUCAUUCUUGUGUAUCUGUGAUGACCGGACACACUGGCCCUGUGAAGUCGCUCUGCGCUGUGCCAGCCUUAGGGUCGGGGGUUAUGGUCUACAGUGGAAGCAUGGAUGGCGAUGUUCGUGUGUGGUGGGUUCCGGAAAACGAGCAGGACUGCCCCUCCUCAGACGAGACUAGCUCCCCAAACAGCCCUUUGGUCGUGGACUGGAGGCCGUCGAAUGCAUGUAUUAAGGAUUUAGCAAGAUCUCCCUUGCGAUUCUGAGAACCAGAUGGGAUUCAGUGCAGCAGUUACACAUUCGACACCACUUGGUCUACUUUCUGGUUCAAUCAAGAUCGAGCAAACCCCUGCAUCGCCAGCUUUCCGGCACAAGCUUGGAUAUCAGGAGCUGUCACAACCGAUUGCGCCGUAGCCACAAUUAUACUGCAAGGUAUGCUUCGAUCGCGACUAGAAAUGCUGCUAUGAGCUCACCGCGAUCAUCCAGACAUACGUCCUCGGCUCCUGCUAUUACUUUCGAUAAGCCAAUUAUCGUCCAAUUGCACGAAGUGGUUUGAACGAUAUUUCCUGCAUUCCUUGAAGGUAAUCGCAUCACAUUGUCCGUCGAAGGAAGUUUCUAUUAACGAAAAAAAUGAAGAGUCCUCGAGCAAGGUGGCAAUGUAGCACUGAAAGAACAGUCGAUGUAUUCCAUGUCAUCAUGCUUAUUUUACUGAUAAUUUAUUUGUAUUCUAGGACAGAAGUAGAAUGUCUACUUUUAUUGUCGGCUCAUACAAAAUUACAACUGAUGAUCAGAUUGGCUCUGGUCUGCCCUUCAUCACUACUCAUAUUUGUUGUUUUCCAACAGAGGAUUAUUUCCUACAUGAAAUCAGUUGGGACUGUAUGUGAUGGUUACUUGCUGAUACCCUCAGCUUGAGAAACAAGUUUUCUGAGUAUCCCCACUUACGCAAUUUGGGAAGCGUCACAUUGAUA